AUGGUGUCAUUAAUUAAUGAAAGUCACCCUGAGGAGUUUAUUCUACUAGGCUUCACUGACCGUCCAUGGCUAGAACUUCCACUCUUCAUUAUUCUUCUGAUGACAUACCCCAUGGCCAUGAUGGGAAACAUCGCCAUCAUUCUGGUAUCCAGGUUAGACCCCCAGCUCCAGAGCCCCAUGUAUUUCUUUCUCACUAACCUCUCCUUUUUGGACAUGUGUUAUACCACAAGCAUUGUCCCUCAGAUGUUGUUUAACUUGGGAAGCUCUAAGAAGACAAUCAGUUACAUGGGCUGUGCAGUUCAACUUUAUUUCUUCCAUAUGAUGGGUGGCACAGAAUGUCUGCUCCUGGCUAUUAUGUCUUUCGACCGCUUUGUGGCCAUCUGCAGGCCUCUACACUACACCCUCAUCAUGAAUCAGCAAAUCUGCAUCCUAUUAGUAUCCAUUAUGUGGCUGAGUGGAAUGACCUAUGCUGUCUCAGAGGCCACCGUUACAUUGCAGUUACCACUCUGUGGUCUCAACAAACUGGAUCACUUAUUGUGUGAGAUUCCUGUUCUAAUAAAGAUUGCCUGUGGUGAAAAGAGUGUUAAUGAGCUCACACUCUUUAUCAUAUGCAUUUUUAUGUUAGCUGUUCCACUCUGCUUAAUUCUUGCUUCUUAUGCUUGUAUUGGACAUGCUGUGUUGAAGAUUAAAUCUUCUGAGGGAAGGAAAAAGGCCUUUGGGACAUGUUCUUCCCACCUCAUAGUAGUUUUCUUAUUUUAUGGUCCAGGCAUUAGCAUGUACCUUCAGCCCCCUUCCUCCAUCACAAGGGACCAACCCAAGUUCAUGGCUCUGUUCUAUGGAGUGGUGACGCCUACACUCAACCCCUUCAUCUAUACCCUUAGGAAUAAAGAUGUGAAGAGAGCAUUAGUCAACCUGACAAGGAGGAUUUUUAGUUCCAAGUGA